ACAUGAGCUGCUGAACUUCAGCAGCAGAGGAUAAAGUCUGGUUUUAUGAGUACUAAAAACAAAAUCACAGUCAGACAUGUUCAGGCUGGAAACAUUUGAGAGUCAGUUGUCGUCUGUGAUGGAGACUCUUGUGGAGGCGGCCGUGACAGAACUCGGGAGACUUCUGGAGAGGAGCUCGGCUCCGGUUGUGGCCGCUCAGCAGCGCUUAAAUGCGGCUUCCGUAGUCGCCGUGAAGCGCGAGGAUGAGGAGAGGGAGGUGACGCUACGCAGGCAACUCCUUCACGAGGAUGUCACGAACCAGUUUGCUUCCCUGAUGAAAAAGUGGUCUGAAGUUGCUGUGGAGAAAAUCUCCUUAAUUUUCAGUGUGUCCAUGAGUGACGCCAGAGAUGCUCCUGCUGCAGAGAAACCCAGAGCAGGGCAGAUCGAUACUGGGUGCAGAAAAAAAUCUGUGUCCAGAAAGAGAAAUAACAUGCAAGGAUCGCAACCAGCAACAAGACAGAUGAGUGAUCACUUAUACUGUAGAGAGGAGGAACAGAUCGAACAGUCAACAGAAGAAGCUGACCCAGAAUCUGUGAUAGAACCUGCUGAUCCAGCAUCACAUGAGGAAAAUAGCUCUGAAGUCCUCUCUGAACCUGAAGUCACAAUAGCAGAUCCUGAACCAGCCUCCAGUGUCAUUGAGGAAAAUGGCGUCCAAAAAGACGCUGAGCAUGAAUGCACUGCUGUGAAAAUCAGAAGGAAGCAGCCCACCAAGGACUUCACAUGUCCUACGUGUGGCAAAGCAUUUGCUCUGAAGUGCUUGAUGAACAGACACUGCCUGACUCACUCCAAGCCUCACCUUUGCUCUGAGUGCGGCAAACGCUUUGCCGGACUCCGCGGGCUCAUUGCACAUUCGAGAAAACACACCGGGGAGAAGCUUUACAAAUGCUCCAAGUGCGGGACAGAAUUCGCGUACAAAUCGACCUUCCACAGGCACAUGCGUCAGCACAACCUAAACAAACCGAUCACCCACACGUGCUCCCUGUGCGAGGAGCAGUUCACGGGGAAACAGGCGUUUCAGCGACACAUUUGUUGUGCGUUGAAGAAGACAUUUGUUUGCUCACUUUGCCCAGAGACCUUCGAGUGCAGGCAGAGCUUGGACGAUCAUGAGAAUCUUCAUUCAGGAAACAGAGAUUUCAUCUGCGAAAUGUGCGGCAAGACCUUCUUCUCGUCCGCAUCUUUGGCCGCUCACCGAGUUACCCACACACAAAAGGAAAACUGCGAGCUGCUCAGCCUUGGUUUCAGUGACACGAGCAAAAACGCCGGAGAAAAGCUUUUCACCUGCGAGGUCUGUGGCAAAGGAUGCAGUCACAGGAGCGCCCUGAAGCAUCACAUGCUGACCCACACGGGUGAGAGGCCAUACGUCUGCGAGACCUGCGGCAAACGCUGUGGACACGCCAGUGCGCUUCAGAACCACAUGAGGAUCCACACGGGCAAGAAACCAGGAGAGAAGCCCGUCUGCAACGUGUGCGGCAAGAAAUUCCGCUGCAUGGUCAAUCUCAAGUAUCACACGAGCGUGCAUACGGGGGAAAGGCCGUACGCCUGCGAUCAGUGUGACAAGAGAUUCAGCAACCCGAGCAAUCUGAAGAUACACAUGAUGACGCACUCAGAGGAAAAGAUGCACAGCUGCAGCAUCUGUGGCAGGAAGUUCACGCAGCUCUACAGCCUGAAGCUGCACAGGCAGGUGCACGCGGGAGAACGGCCGUAUCACUGCGUUGUCUGUGGGAAAACUUUCAUAACCAACAGCGUGUUCAGGACCCAUCAGAAGGUUCACCUGCAGGAGGCAGGACAGGGGCAGACUGGAAAAACUGCAGUGAAAAUCUAAAACACUCUGUGAGGUCACUUCUUGUACUCGUUAUUGGUUUAAACUCUUUCUAAUGGCCAGCAGGGGGCGACUCCUCUGGUUGUAGGAAGCCAUCCAGUUUAAUAGGAGUUUAAUAGUUUCAGGUCAUACUGAAUAAAGCAUGAACCUACUUCUGUUAACUACGGUCAUUAUUAGAGUCAGAAAGGAUGAUAAUCUAGGACAUGUUCUUUGUCAGUCCCAAGUAAUUAACCAAUUAAGGUGAAGCUUCACAGGUAGAUUCACCCCUCAGUCCUGACUUCCAGUUUUAAAGCACUGAGUCGCUGAUGUGAAAACAUUCAGAUUUCGUAGCACAACUCCACUAACCAACAGGUGAUGUUAUGGCAGCUGUAUUAAUCUUUUAGACUCUAAAUGAGUAUAAAAAAUGUUUACCAAAGACUUUAAUAUCAAUAUAAUUUGUAGAUAUUUAUAGAAAAUGUGAAAAAUAAAAUGCUCUUCUUCAUUUUUAUAUAUUGUAGUGUUUUCUAGUGUGGAGAUUUGGGGUGGGGUGUAACAGGAACUGGGUGAGUGAGCCCUAACUGCACCUGUCUGAUUGACUAAGGCUGAUGGAGGAGGUGUUUUGUUGGCAGCGAGGCCAUCUCCAUGUGUGAGCAAAGGUAAUGCAGAAACUUAUGGGCUGUUUGAGAUAUCAGCAAUAUCAACUGAGGCCUGUCUAAUGUGAAACGGCAAUGAAUUACACAAUUUGGGUGCCACUACGGCCAAAACCCUGUCCCCUUUGAGCCUCCGCUCCGUCCUCGGUACAUCCAGGAGAGAGUUGAUGAGCUGAUGAGAGCAACUAGGAAGGGCUGUGUAAGUGCAGCAGCUCAGAGAUUGUUUCAGAUAUGAUAAUAUGAUUAUUUUUCAGUUUUAAAUUAUUCAAUGUUUUCAGAUUUUAAAUAUCUCAGUAUCUGACACUUCUAGCUUGAAUAAUAAAAACUGAGACAAAUGAGAUUUUACAGUUGUCCAGAGGUGUCUGUCAUUUAAUACACAAUCUUUCUUUGGUUGAGGUUUUUGGUUGCUGCAGUUGCAUUUCAGUAAGGCCAACAUUUCGAAAAAGUUGAGAUGAUGUUCCGAAAAGGACGAAGGAAAGAAUUGCAACGACUGACCAGCUCAGAGACAGUUGGCACAAAGGUCACCUGAUCAGAGUAGUAACGAUAAAAGUGAGAAUGAGGAGAGUUUGACGGUAUCGAAGUGGCAAACAACCCAAACAGAAGAGAGCAGGUAAAUGUGAGAUCAAGCCAAAGCUUCAUCACUGAUUGACGACACAGAUGCUUCAUCAGAAGGACUGUGUUAGAGAACCUAACAAAG